AUGGAAAAAGAUUUGAAUGAGUCUAAUAUCGUUUUAAGAAAUACAAGAACUCCACGAGAUAAAGGUAGAGCUGGCGAUGUGAGAGAAUCCCUUUUAUCAGAUUCUACGUCAGGUAUUUGUAACGACGAAGACGAAAACACAUGUAGUGAUGACACUGCGUCAUUUUCAAGUGUGGAUAUAGAAAUUAGUAAUAAAGAAGGGCUGUUAGCUUUUGGCAAGAAAAAAAGCAUCAAAGGUAGUGAACAUCCUGUUAGUGGAAGCAAAACAUUAAAUGAUAUUGAUAUUAAAACAACGCUACAUACUGUUACUGAAGAGAGAAAAAAAUGUGACGUUAACGCCAUAACUAUUGAUACCACGCCUAGUAUACCCGAUGGUGGUUGGGGAUGGGUGGUUGUAAUGUCAUCAUUUAUUAUUUCUAUGAUUGCAGAUGGGAUUAGCUUUUCAUUUGGCUUAUUGUACAUUGAAUUUCUGGACGAGUUUAAAUCCAGCAAAUCAACGACUGCUUGGAUUGGUAGUCUUUUUAUUGCUGUACCACUUCUAUCAGGUCCUGUAAUGAGUGCUUUGGUUGAUAAAUAUGGCUGUCGUAGUAUGACAAUUUUGGGUGGAAUAAUAUCUACUGUUGGAUUUAUCUUAGCCUCAAUUUCUACAACAAUUGAAAUGAUGAUGAUUACGUUUGGAGUUAUUGCUGGAAUGGGUCUUGGAUUAGUUUAUGUCACAGCCGUCGUUUCUAUUGCGUACUGGUUUGAAAAGAAAAGAAACCUAGCUGUAGGCUUAGGAGCCUGCGGUACAGGUGUAGGGACAUUUGUGUAUGCACCGAUGACGCAAUAUUUAAUAGAAGAAUAUGGAUGGAGAGGAACAAUUCUUUUAUUAUCAGGAACACUUCUUAAUUUAUGCGUAUGUGGUAGUGUUAUGAGAGAUCCUGAUUGGUGGAUACAAGAACAAAAGAAACAGCGUAAUGAAGAAAAGUCUUGUAACAGUGGAGAAGAUAUUCAAUCCAAAAACUCCAGCUAUACUUCCUUAGUAAAUCCCUAUGUAUUUGAUGCACCGUCUAGGGGUAAGGGUAUGAGUCGAUUAAUAAUAAAAGGCGUGCCUCCAGAAAAGGUAAUAAGAGAUGAAGUGGCAGCUAUUAAACGAUACGAAAACAUCUCAAAGUACACUCAAAGAACCACCAAAAGAUCAAGAUCUUUAGAAAAUUUGCCUACUUAUCUGACGUAUGAUGAUAAGGUGUCGAUGAAGAUGCUAGAUACCUUAAUUAAAACAAUUAGCAAGCAAAAUAAUAUUGAGGUAAAAUAUCCGUUAUUUACAAAGAAUAAUACAUACACAAAGGAAAACAAGGAAUCAAUAAUAACAGUAGACUUUGAUGAAGCCAAUGAUCCACCAGCCGUAGCUUAUACAAUGCAAUUUCUCCAUCGUACCCAUUCUGAAAAAUACGAUAAUAACAAAGAAAAAGACUUCAAAAAGUAUCAACUUAAGAACAGUAAGCAGAAUGAAAUGGUGAAGUUUAUGAAUCCUAAAACAAAAACUAAUAAACCAAUUUUAAAGCAAAAUAGUAAAGAAAGUCGACGCGAAUGGUUUAGGAAGCAGUUUUCAGUGAAUCAUCAUUACUUGAAAGACUUGAAAAUGCCUAUCAAUUCAAUAAGUCACAGAAACGCUAUGCUAAAUAUAAAAAAAUACAGAUUGAAAGCGUCAUCCUGUCCGGAUAUAUUUAAAAAUUCAAUGAUAACAAUAAACGAAAAGGAAGAAAAAUGGUAUGACGGCUGUUUAAGUUGCCUGGCCGACAUGUUCAAUAUUUCAUUGUUCAAGAAAAUAACCUUCAACCUGUUGUGCUCGGGUACCAUUAUUCUUUUCAUCUGGUUUAUAGUCCCCUACUUCUAUUUGGCUGAGCAUAUGAUACAAAAGGGAUACACUGAAGACGAUGGUGCAGUUAUGUUGAGUCUUAUUGGAAUUACCAACACGAUUGGCAUGGUGGGUCUUGGAUAUAUUGGAGACUUUCCUAACGUCUCAAUUGCAAAUCUAUAUGCAGUCUGUCUUAUUCUUUGUGGAGCUUCGGUGGCAGCGAUUCCCUCAGCUACUUCUAAUUACUGGAUUUUAGCUUCUACAUCUUCAGCUUUUGGGUUGUUAUUUGCAGCAUCUUUUACCUUUACACCGAGUCUGUUAGUGAAGAUAGUAUCUCUGGACGACUUUACUUCAGCAUACGGACUGGUGUUACUGGCACAAGGUAUCGGACAUUUAAUUGGGCCACCACUAUCUGGUCUUAUUUAUGACUUGACUUUCUCAUGGGAGCUUGCCUUCUUCUUAGCCGGUGGCUGGAUUGUUGUAUCUGGAGUUCUUAUCUCUUUCAUUCAACCUGUAAAAGAUUAUCAACAAAGGCGUGAAAAUAUGAUAAAGCGUAGCGAUUCUGGUAUUGUGUAA